CACAUGACAUAGAUCCACUAUGUCAUGUCAUCAUUUUCUCUCGCUCACGUCCUCUAACGCGGAUGCGAAAAAGACGCGUGCUAAUUACUCGCACCCUUUCCUGUACUUCGACGGCAGAGCGUGCAACCGGGUCCAGCGAAUGUAACAAGCUGUCCAUUGCUAACGUUGUACACUGUCAACUAUUGCCACCACUUUAGCAUUGCUUUUCUGUGUGAAAAACACGACUCUCAUGACCUAAAAAUAUUCCAUUGCAUAAGUUCUUAGCAACCCGUCUUCUUACCUAGUAGUGUUGCUGGUCAAGACGCAUAUGACUCUGAUUUCCAUCACCACACAAAUACGAUCGGGACUCCAGUGGCGAGUGCGAAGCACCUUAUGCACCCCGAGAUUGGGCAGCUCAUGUUGAGGAAUUGCAGUAUGGGCACCUUCCAAUAUAUGGCCGCUCUGAAUGUCACCCGCCAGGCAUUACCAUCUACCAGUUCCCCUAACUUCAUUUCUCGUGCGGAGGCUAUGGAUGCUCUUGUAUUGGGUCUCGAAGCGAAGCUGGCAGAGGGCAGGCUCGGCGGCGGUCAAGCGGUACUCGAGAAGAUGCGUUCCAAAGGAAAGAAGCUACGUCCCAUGGGAACGGCUUUCGUUACUUCUAGAUCCCGAUGCUCCAUUUUGGAGCUGAACCCUCUAGCGGCACACGAGGAAAAUACUGGCCAGAACGUUCCGGAGCAGGCCUCAUCACUGGAAUUGGGGGCGGGAAAUUAUGGUUAUUGUUAAUGACUGUACACCGUCAAUGGAUGAAGUUACUUGCCACU